CCCUCUUCCUAGGUUUCUGACAGGUGUGACUACGUCUUUGUCAACGGGAAGGAAAUGAAGGGCAAGGUGAACGUGGUGGUGAACUUCACGUACCAGCACCUGACCAGUCCUCUGGAGAUGAUGGUGUGGGUGCCCCGUCUGCCCCUGCAGAUCGAGGUCUCGGACACCGAGCUCAACCAGAUCAAGGGCUGGAGAGUCCCCAUUGUCUCCAACAAGAGGCCAGCUCGGGACAGUGAGGAGGAGGAAGAAGAUGAGAAGAAAGGCCGGGGCUGCACUCUCCAGUACCAGCACGCCAUGGUGCGGGUCUUGACUCAGUUUGUGGCCGAAGUGGCUGAGCCCGGGGGGCAGCUGGCCCACCUGCUGGGCUCCGAUUGGCAGGUGGACAUCACGGAGCUGGUAAAUGACUUCAUGCAGGUGGAGGAGCCCCGGAUUGCCAAGCUGCAAGGGGGACAAGUCCUGAUUGGCCAGGAGCUCGGGAUGACCGCCAUUCAGAUCCUGUCGCCUCUGUCAGAUGCCAUCUUGGCCGAGAAGACCAUCACCGUGCUGGACGAGAAGGUGACGAUCACAGACCUCGGGGUCCAGCUGGUGGCAGGGCUGUCCCUCUCCCUGCAGCUCAGCCCUGGGAGCAACAGAGCCAUCUUCGCCACUGCGGUGGCUCAAGAACUUCUGCAAAGGCCCAGACAGGAAGCAGCCAUCAGUUGCUGGGUCCAAUUCAGUGAUGGCUCUGUCACCCCCUUGGAUAUUUACGACGCGAAAGACUUCUCCCUGAUGGCCACAUCACUGGAUGAGAAGGUGGUCUCUAUCCACCAAGACCCCAAAUUCAAGUGGCCUAUAAUCACGGCUGAAGCCGAGGGACAGGGUGCCCUGGUGAAGGUCGAAAUGGUUAUUUGUGAGUCAUGCCAGAAAUCCAAACGGAAGAGCGUGUUGGCCGUGGGGACAGCCAACGUCAAAGUUAAAUUUGGCCCAAACGAUGCCAAUCCCAACACCAGCGACAGCAGACACACGGGGGCAGGAGGUCACCUGGAUAAUAAUGUCAGUGACAGAAGACCCAGAAAACCCUCGCAAGAAUGGGGGCGUCAAGAGGGACGGUACUACGGCAGUUCUUCCGUGGGCCUCAUGGAAGGAAGGGGCUCCACCACGGAAAGGUCCACCUUCCAGAAGAACCGUGGCCAGGAAAGCCUUCUGGAUGAUGACAGCCAUUUGCAGACCAUCUCCAUUGACCUCACCAGCUUCCCCGCCCAGGUGGACCUGCCCAGAAGCUAUGGGGAAAUGGAUGAGAAUGACCUCACGCAGGCCUCCAAAGGGCUGAGCGACUUGGAAAUUGGGAUGUAUGCCCUGUUGGGUGUCUUCUGCCUGGCCAUUCUGGUCUUCCUAAUAAACUGUGUGACCUUUGCGUUAAAGUACAGGCACAAGCAGGUUCCCUUCGAGGAACAAGAAGGUAUGAGUCACUACCAUGACUGGGUCGGGUUGAGCCACCGGGCCGAACUGUUGGAGAAUCACAUCAACUUGGCUUCCUCCCAGGACGAGCAGAUCACCGCCAUCGACAGGGGCAUGGAUUUCGAAGAGAGUAAGUAUCUCCUCAGCACAAACUCCCCAAACAGCACCAACGGACAGCUGUUCGCAUCUUCAGGACACGCACUCAUGGACGGGAGCGAUCUGAAAAGCGAGCCCCCAACGUCCCCUACCUCAAAAAGGAAAAGAGUGGAAUUCACCACUUUCACCACCGUCUCUACGGAUGACAGAUGCCCCGCCGUGAACUCCAUAGCGACCAGCAGUGAGGAUGCCGUGAAAUGGGUCUGCCAGGAUCUGGACCCUGGGGGAUGCCAAGAGUCAUGCGGCUACAUGGAAGGAUUACAUGAAGAUGUGUAAGCCGGGCCUUCACAGACAUUGGUUCUCACUCACCUUUCGGCCUUUAACUUGGGGAUGUGGGGCAACCGUGUGCCCGGUGGGGAAAUAAAAAGACGGGACAAGAGCAGGGUGACGCUAUCCACAGAGCCACAGACAAUGACCCUGGCUCCCCUGGGACGGCCCCGAGUUGGAAUUGAUGUCAACAGUCCAGGGUCCAAUGUUUCUGUCAGUGUUAAGGGGUUUAUCAUGCAUGGCGAGAUUCUUACAUUGGAAGAAAGAUGAGUUCUGAAUCACUGAACUUCAGAGAACCUCCAGGAGAGAACAAUCCCUCUCUUGCCAUCUCACUUUCUUUCAUUGAAGCCACACAGCUGCCGUAUUCAAUGUUGUGGACCACAGGAGAAAAAUGAGACUCAGGUUGGGCUCAAGGGGAUGGAUGGGAGGAAGCGUGUCAUUGGACCUCGGGCAGCACAUCUGGCUGUGAGCAUAUGAGCAGAGGUGGAGUCUAGCGCCACCUAGAGUCAGCUCUUGGGAAGCAAGAGUUUUGAGUUUCGAGUUAUUGUCUCCCAAAGGCUGGGGCAAAGCAAGGCAAUCGCUGACGAGGAUUGAAAGGGAACAGGAGGGUAAAUAGGCCACCAGUACCUUUGUAACUACGUGCCAAGAACCACCACCCAAACAAACAAAGGCGCUCUGAGCCGUUCAGAGCAUCCCUUUACUAGUAAACUAGGGAGCCUGGGUGGAGACUUUCAACUGGGUUCGAAGGACCAGAAUUUUUUUUUUUUUUUUUUUUUUAGCAAAUUCACUACGUUCACGUUUGUACUCCUCCCCCACCACGCCCCACAUCGCCACCUUUCCAAAAGUCAUUGGUCACUCGGCAGUGGAGGGCAGUGUCACCAUUCCCUCUCUUCCACUGUGGCGUCUGUGUCAACCACCAGGUGACAUUCUACGCUGAAGCCCCACUGGGCAAACUUCACACGUGUCCUUCUUUGAAGAGGCUGGUCUUGGAGGGUCAGCAGCGCUCACAAGGAAUUCAACACCCAGGGAUGCUCCUUCCCCUUGCUUUUCCCGGAAAGCAGGGUUCUUCUGUGAUGCCUCUGUGGACGGUCCCAUCCAGUCUGCUGCUCAAGGUUGAUGAGAUAAAUCUGGGUGUCCACACGGAGGGUACAGGGCGGGGAGAGUUGGGACUCGGGGUGUGCGAUGAGGUGGGCUGGGCAGGAAGCCUGGCCCAUUCACACACAGGGGGCGGCGGGGGGGGCGGGGGAGGCUUCUUCUCCACCUUGGAGGGAUGGAGGGACCUGAGGUAACCACCUUUGGGGCAGAGAGCUGGGUUAUUCGAGUGUUGGGUUCUAAGGUCAGUUUCUCUUUCUCUGUGUGCCUCUCUGUCCCUGUGUCUUUCUGAACCUAUCUCUCUGCUUCCUCUGUCUCUCUCUCUCUCUCUCUCUCUCUCUCUCUCUUUCAGUCUCUAUGCAUAUAAUUGAAUUCUCCUGAGAUCAAGUGUGUAAAUUCCACCAGUUCACCCUCUCGACCUCAGCACUCUCCCCCAAACUAAGGUGCUGUCCGUUUGCUCUAAGACUGAGAUUCCAGCAGCCAUCAGCUACCUGCUCCUGUCCCCCACUUGACUUACAUUGUCUGGCUGGGUGAUUAAACUGUCACCCCUUUUCAAGGAUAAUCCUUUGCUUUCAGUAACCCCCCCUCAUUUCUUUCAUUCUUUCCCGCGUGAUGUUCCGUUUCAUAACGCUGCCGCUGCCCCCUCUCAAAUCCGUCUGCGUGCAGAAUGUAUUGUAGAUAGUAAGAAUGUAAUAUAUAUUUAUAAAC